AGGGUGCCUGGAAUAAGAGAGUGGCGAGGAGGACAGCAGCGGCAGUUGAUGCAGCUCUCCUCAACGUGUCAUGGAUCUGUGGAGCGUCGUGGGACCAGCGUGUGGAAUAGUUAUGCGUCUCGUGCAGGAUCCAGUGGAGAGGAAGCCGUCAGCCUGAUCUCGUGAUGCCCUCCGUGUCUCUCAGCUUGCCAGCCGCACUGGCCGGCCGCGCACGCACCUGGGUCUGCCUGUCCUGCAUGUUCUGGCCUGAAGAGUUCGAAGCCGUCCACUCCCACACUUUCCGGCUGAAGACGUUCAAGAAGGGGAAGCACUGCGGCGUGUGCAAGCAGACUGUAAACAAUGAGGGGCUCAUCUGCAGAGUUUGCCGGUUAGCCUGCCACAGGAAGUGUGAGGUUAAGGUAUCAUCCUCCUGCGUUCCUGUCGCCAACUAUGAACUGGCCCCCAGCAAUGACCUCCCACUGAAACAUAUAGAGACAACAGGCUCAACCAAAUCCUCCAAGAGCAUGGAGUCUCGACGUAGACCAUCUAGGAGCUUGAGUUUGAUCCAGGCCAUGGAGGAAAACUAUGAGGUGGACCUGGUCUACAUCACAGAGCGCAUCAUUUCUGUGACCUUCCCCAGUAAUGUAGAAGAGCCGAGCUACAGCGCUAACAUAAAGGAGGUCGCCACCAUGCUACGCUCCAAACAUGGUGACAACUACUUGCUCUUCAACCUCAGUGAAAAGCGCUAUGAUAUCUCCAAGCUAAAUCCCAAAGUGCUGGAUUUUGGCUGGCCGGACCAUCAUGCUCCAGCCCUGGAUAAGAUCUGCAGCAUCUGCAAAGCCAUGGACACUUGGAUGAACGCUGACAGUCACAAUGUGGUGGUCUUACACAAUAAAGGAAACAGAGGUCGAACAGGGGUGGUUGUGGCUGCGUACAUGCAUUACAGUAACAUAUCAGCGAGUGCAGACCAGGCUUUGGACAGGUUUGCCAUGAAGCGCUUUUAUGAAGAUAAAGUGCUUCCUGUAGGUCAACCCUCCCAGAGAAGGUACGUGCAGUAUUUCAGCGGUCUGCUCUCUGGUCACAUCAAGAUCAACAACAAGCCCCUGUUUCUGCACCACGUCAUCAUGCACGUCCCAAACUUCGAGUCCAAAGGAGGUUGCCGCCCUUUCCUCAAGAUCUACCAGGCUAUGCAGCCCGUCUACACAUCUGGGAUCUAUAACGUCCAAGGAGACAGUCAGACCAGUAUCUGCAUCACCAUUGAACCCGGCCUGCUUCUGAAAGGAGACAUCCUGCUCAAGUGUUAUCACAAGCGCUUCCGCAGCCCAUCCCGUGACGUCAUCUUCAGAGUGCAGUUUCACACCUGUGCUGUCCACGAUCUGGGCAUCGUCUUCGGCAAAGAUGAGCUUGAUGAAACAUUUAAAGAUGACAGAUUUCCUGAAUAUGGAAAAGUGGAAUUUGUCUUUUCUUUCGGCCCAGAAAAAAUCCAAGGAAUGGACCACCUUGAGAACGGGCCCAGUGUUUCUGUGGACUACAAUACCCAGGAUCCUCUGAUUCGCUGGGAUUCUUACGAGAACUUCAACCAGCGCUGUGAAGAUUCAGCGGAGGGUAAGUGACGCUGUUGUCUUAUUAU